CAUAAAUCGUUAUUCUCUAAAAUCCUGGCCUCCACUUCAAAAUAUGACAUAUGAAGACAUGUCACACCAAAUAAUAAUUGAAAACAAAACAUAUGAACUACUUUCACAGUGCUUUUCUGUCAUUUUUGGAGCUGCAUUUCAUUUUCCACUGAAGAAAUUAAAUCAUCCACGUCAUUCCUUACAAAAAGAUUAAAGUGAAAUUAGCGGAUUAUAAGAUUUUUACAGAUCAAAGUGCAACAGAGGAAUCAGUUUCCUCACCGUAGCGACCGGUAGCAGCUCUGUCUGUAUUUAUAGAGCCACGGUAAGGGGCCGAGCUGUUUGGCCGAGUGCCUGCUUUUCGAUCAUCAAAUUUACAGGCCAGGCCGAGACCCCCAAGAGCCUUAGCGGUGAUUUAUGAGCCAAGCUCCCCUGCUCGCCUUCCGCUAGAUCGUCACACAGCAUCAUUCAACACCAUCCUAGCCAAGACGCUGUGCUCGACUCAGGCAAGGAUCUGCCCCAUCUCUGCACACACAGCUAUAGAAAGGAAGAGAACCUGUUGACCAGUGAUGUUCUGACUCCGUAAUUGAGAUUGCAGCUCAAAUCAGAUCAGACGCAGUGAAUACUGUGCUGGAGGGAGAUAAAAACAGGACGAGGAGAGGAGAAAAACCUUGAGAAAUGCACAGAUGAGAAGAGCAGGACGGAUCUUUGUGUUCUUGUUGAAUCACACAAGCUGGAUAGAUAGAGCUCCCGUCCCGUCAUGGACUUGAACUACAACCCAGGGGGCGACAGGGAGCGAAUGACAUCCAACCAUGAGACGUACCUACUUAUGGCCAGCACACAGAAUGACAUGGAGGAUUGGGUGAAGACCAUCCGCAGGGUGAUAUGGGCCCCAUUUGGAGGAGGAAUCUUUGGUCAGAAGCUGGAAGAGACAGUUCGAUACGAACGACGUUAUGGCAACAAAAUGGCUCCCAUGCUGGUGGAGCAGUGCGUGGACUUCAUCCGCCGCUGGGGUCUACGAGAGGAAGGGCUCUUCCGUUUGCCUGGACAAGCCAACCUUGUCAAAGAGCUUCAGGAUGCUUUCGACUGUGGAGAGAAGCCGUCUUUCGACUGUAACACAGACGUUCACACCGUGGCAUCCUUGUUGAAGCUGUACUUGAGAGAGCUGCCUGAGCCGGUCAUCCCGUUCUGUAAAUAUGAAGAGUUUCUGGCCUGCACCAAACUCCUCAGCAAAGACCAGGAUGAAUCUAUGCAGGGAAUGAAGGAAUUAAGAAGGCAAGUAGAAGGUCUACCUCUGGUGAACUACAAUCUGCUUAAAUACAUAUGCAAGUUUUUGGAUGAAGUUCAGUCCUACUCAGGUGUGAAUAAAAUGAGUGUACAGAAUCUGGCUACGGUCUUUGGGCCAAAUAUUCUGAGGCCAAAGGUUGAGGACCCGGUGACUAUAAUGGAAGGCACAGUACUGGUCCAGCAGUUGAUGGCCGUUCUGAUUGGCCGGCAUGAUGUUCUUUUCCCACCUGAAGAGGACCAUACUAGCACGCUGGAACUGGUUAAUAAUAACAAUAUUGAUACACAGAAACGGCCUACAAAUGGUCAGCUACAAAACAAAGAGAACAACAACACCAGUGGGGUGCGACAAUGCACCUGGGAUGCACCCGAAUCACCUACCCGGGCUCCUCUGGACAAUGGCUCUCCCCGCUCGGGCAGCCCACGUAAUGGUUUUACAGGACAGCGAUUCGAGGUGACUCGCAGUCCACCGCUGGCGGUGAAAAAGAACCCGGCUUUCAGCAAAGGCAGUGGGAUUGUCACUAACGGAUCGUUCAGCUCGUCGUCAUCGUCUUCAGGUGAUGCCAAUCAGGAAAAGUGUCAGACUCUACCAAAUAUGGGCACCCUGCAUGCACGUCGGACGGGCGCAAUAAAGGGCUCAGGCACUAAGAUGGGGGUCCAGAAUGGCGUCGUUCGAAUGGGCGUAUCCAGCACUGAUGUGACGAAUGGGACUCUGAAUGGGCGGAAUGGACUCUGGGUGCCCAAUGGUCACGUUACAAUGCGCGAGGCUAAAAGUCGAGAUGCUGAGAACCAACCGAACCGCCUGUCCACAUAUGACAACGUCCACAUCCAUCAUCAGCAGACAACACAGCCUAGUCUGAGCAGCAGCUGUGAGGACAAACAGAGCGUGGAUAGCGCCACAUGGUCCACCUCGUCUUGCGAGAUAUCCUUACCGGAAAACUCAACCUCUUGCCGCUCCUCUACGACCACGUGCCCAGAGCAGGACUUCUUUGGCAACAACUUCGAGGACCCUUUGUUGGACGGGCCGGUACAGGAGGACAACGCACUGGCGGGGGACAGGGAGCAGCGGACCAGUAUUGGAGGAGGCCGGGGAAGCAGAGGAACCAGCAGCAGUGAUAACAGUGAAACGUUUGCCAUCACAAAUGGACCGACCAACCAUAGUGCACUGCACAGCCUGGUGGCCAGCCUCAAACAGGAAAUGCUCAAGCAGAAGAAUGAAUACGAGGCCAGGAUCAAGAGUCUGGAACAUCGGAAUCUAGAGUUGGAGACCGUGAUGGCGAAUCUACAUGAAGAGCUGGACCAGGAGAAGAAGAAAUACACCAUGGUGGAGAUCAAGCUGAGGAACGCCGAGCGAGCCAAGGACGACGCAGAAAAGAGAAACGAGAUGUUGCAAAAAGAGAUGGAGCAGUUCUUCUCCACCUUCGGAGACCUGACCGCAGAUCCGCGACGGCCCGACAGAGCCAACACCAUCUGGAUCCAGUGAGCUGUUUCAUUCACGCUUGUGUUGAGGACGGUCUACCAUUAACAUUACACUGUGUGGGCCGUGCUCAGACAGAAUGUGUCUAAAUCAACCUUCAUGGCAUCUCCUCAGCCGCUGUCACCUGUCCGUUCAAUGCAAAGUUUUGACACGGCUGAGCGAAGCCCAUUGAGCCAAAUUUUCAGAGCUGAUUGUGGACCAGUUGUGAGAUUGCUGUUGGAUUGAACCAGUUGAAUUUAUGAAGAAGGAUGAUGGGAUGAUGCAGCUUGGAUUUUAAGGUAAAACAUGUCAUGAUGAGUGUCAAACCAAAAGAAGGGGAUGUGACAGAAAAUGAGUGUCAAACAGAAAGAUGCGGCUUCUGACUCUAAAUAAUGACAGAAAAGCUUUGCUCUAAAAGUGAAUGGUAAGAUGAACUCGGUUGAAUGUGAGAAAACGAAUGAUAUACAAGAAUGAACAAUGAGUCUUAGAUGAUGGGAAACUCCUGAAGGACAACAGAACAACGAAUGUCACUCGUAUUUCUUCUUGUGAUCCAACCAAAUGUGUCCAUGAGCUGUCAUGUAUCCUCUUGUGUAUAUAAAGGUGAAACAAUGUUAAAAAUUCCACGAUGAAAAACAAAUGUCUGUAUAAUUGCAAAUUAAAGUAAUGUUUAAUGUACGUAUUGAUAUUUAAACAGAAUUCUCAAUGUGUUACAUAUAAAUUUUAUAUCAAGGCUUUUCCUUGCACUUACGCAUACGAGUUGCUGUUGUUUUUAGUAUGGUACGAAUAUGAGAUGUGGCAAACAUUUGAGUAUCAUUCAGUCUUCCCUGUUGCUUUUUUGCAUAAAUUUACCACUGCAAAUAAACAUUUUCUUCAUCAGUAUUAAAAAAUAUAUACAUUUUUUUUAAAGCAUAAAUCUAACAAUUUAGGGAUUUUUUUUUGCUUUAAACAAAUAACUUUUGGCCAGUGACACACACACACACACACACACACAAAAAACUAAAAUAAAAUAAAUACAUCCAUACUUUGAAAAAUGUCUCUGAUAAAAUGUAAGGGUUUUAAGAUAUUUUUAUCGGGAAAACACAAAAAUGCUGAUGGAGAACAUGAUUUUUUGCAGUGCAUCCUGAUGCCACAGUGCUCCCCAUGUGACCAAAACCAAGUAGAAAAGGAAACCUGUAAAUACUUGUAAAAACAGGGCAAACGCUCAGCCUGUCUUUGUCAUUUGUGCCUGUCGCACAUCAUUUGCUUUCAGUGGUGCUAGACGGGAGGAAGUCUGUUAAAAUGAAGACUAAAGACUUGACGAUUCAAACCCGAUGGGGUUUGUUCAUCUCUCGGACCACGUGUCUGUGCGUUUGGGGUCAUUUGCCUUGUCUUGUCUUCUACUGUAGCUUUAUGCAUUCAGUGAAAUGCAAUGAAAUUAAAUUAUGUGACCUCA